AGCGGCUGAAACACAAAAAGGAAAAUGGAUAGAUGCAUUAGGUGCACUCAACUCAUGCAGCAGUGUCUCGAACUCCGAAAUGGUUUGGCAGUCGUGGGCAGUUUAUUCACCCGAUGACAGUCGUCGCCAAUUGGACACCUAAAUGAUGGACUCAAGAAGAUAGGCUACAUUCUAUACAAGCGGUCUAUCCUCCAACAACCUUGAAACUUUGAAACAAUAAUUUUGGGAGAUGGCGAGUGACGACCAGGUGGCCAUCUUGACAGACGACGAGGAGGAUCAGAAGAGGAAGUACGUCAUGGCAGAACCCUUCAACACCCUGUCCAAAACCCUGGAUCAGAUGGCAGCAGGUGCGGACACCACCGCUGCCUCCCAAGGUCCAGCAUCACCCCCGACAGACGCAUCUGACACCCCCAGCAAUGACUGCCUGGAGAGGAACUGCGUGCAGAUCAACAACCACCUACUCAUCUCCAAGGUCUUCUACUUCUUCUUCUAUGCGGCCUAUGGGUCCCUGCACCCUUUGCUGUCUGUCUACUACAAGCAACUGGGCAUGACGCCCAGCCAGAGUGGCCUGCUGGUCGGGAUUCGGUACUUCAUAGAAUUCUGCAGCGCCCCCUUUUGGGGGGUGGUGGCGGACCGCUUCAAGAAGGGCAAGGUGGUGCUGCUGUUCUCCGUCUUCUGCUGGUUGGUGUUCAACUGCGGGAUCGGCUUCAUCAAGCCUGCCUCCAUGACCUGCGUGGAAAGGAAACCUACAGUCGUGUCCCCCACCAGUCCCGCCCAGAUCGGUCCGUUGGCCAAUCACAGCAGGAACCGCAGGGGUGCGAGUGGAGACUUUUUCCCCCUCCCUUUUGCAUCAGACUCAGUUAGCGGUCCCCUGCACAGGUAUGUGAGGAGCGAUGGUGGUAAUAUCACUGGACCCAGUACUGUCACGGGACCUGUGCCUUCCUCCACCAUCUCCACAACAAUGUUGACAUCUUCCCCCUCCACCUCCACCACCACCACCACCACCAAAACAAAAACAACAACAUCAAAAACAGCAGCAACAACAACAGCCGGCUCAAAACCUGCCUCAAAUCUGACCAUGACCAAACCAACCACCACAACCACCACUACCAAAGUCUAUGACAUCAUCUCCAACCACGACCAGGUGGAGACCAUCUUCCUCCUGAUCCUGCUGGUCAUCAUCAUCGGCGAGUUCUUCAGUGCUCCGGCCAUGACCAUCGUGGACACGCGCACCCUGCAGUACCUGGGCCCCCACCGGGACCGCUAUGGUCUGCAGAGGAUGUGGGGCUCCCUGGGCUGGGGCCUGGCAAUGUUGUGUGUGGGCAUCUGGAUCGACCACACCCACAUCAAGCUCUUCAUCCAGGGCACCGGCUGCAUCGUGCCUGAUUACAAGAACUACCAGAUAGCCUUUAUUGUCUUUGGUGUCCUGAUGGCCGUUGCUUUUGUAGUGUCUACUCAGUUCUACUUUGAGAGUAGUACUAAUGACCAUCGGCCAAUGGAGGCACAGGUGGAGGAGGAUAAGAGACAGGAUAUGGAAUCUCCUCAAACGUCCAGUGGCGUUUCAUCUCCCGAAGGGCAUACGGUGGAAUCGUUAGAAUCUCAACGUUCCAUCAGCCAGCGGUUCCUUUACUGGGACCUCCUUCGGCUGCUGUGCAGUGUGCAAUACAGCUCUGUGCUCUUCGUGGCCUGGUUCAUGGGAUUUGGCUACGGCUUCGUGUUCACUUUCCUCUACUGGCACCUGGAGGACCUGAAGGGGACCACCACGCUUUUUGGAGUCUGCUCGGUGCUGAGCCACAUCUCGGAGCUGGUAGCCUACUUCACCAGCCACAAGCUCAUAGAGCUCAUCGGCCAUAUAAGGGUGCUGUACAUCGGGCUGGCCUGCAACACGGCCCGCUAUCUGUACAUUUCCUACCUGGAGAACGCCUGGGUUGUCCUGCCCAUGGAGGUCCUUCAAGGUGUGACCCAUGCCUCAGUGUGGGCAGCGUGUAUCUCCUACCUGAGUGCUGCUGUACCUCCAGAGCUGAGGACCUCUGCCCAGGGUAUCCUCCAGGGCCUGCACCUGGGGCUGGGCCGGGGCUGUGGGGCCAUGGUGGGGGGAGUGUUUGUCAACUUCUUUGGAGCAGCCCACACCUUCAGAGGGAUAGGAAUCGCCUCCCUCGUCAUCCUCCUCCUCUUCGCUCUCAUCCAAUGGCUGGCUGUGCAGAGUGGGGAGAAAAAUACCAAAAUGCUGGCGGAGAACAUUCCCGUCCCCUCCAGUCCCGUUCCCAUAGCAACCAUCGACGUUAUCCAAUCAGAUAACGUCGCCGCAACAACGCCACCACCAAGGAAGACCAAGCACCAGGAGGAGCAGGAGGACAUGAGCAAGCCCGCCUGGGUGGUGUCCGCCUCGCCCUGGGUCUCCCUGGCCUUCGCCCUGCACCAGAUCAGAGAGAUCGCUGCCCUGGCCAGGAGCAGCCCUGCCAACAACCAUCAGCCGCUCGAGGAGAUCAAUGAGAUCAGCAUAGAUGAACCAACAGAUGAAACCUCCCAGUCCUCAUCUCAAGACCCCCCCAGCAGGUCCCCACAGACGGGAUCCUCUCAGGGGGGAACCCCCCUACCUGACCAGGAUCCCCCUAUGCCUGCAGACCAACCACCCCUCCCCACUGGCCACACACAGUAAAGGGGGAACACAUUGCACAUUUUGAGAAACUGUCCCAAAAUGUUUUCCAAGCAACACCACCAACCGACAGUCAAGUGCUGGCGGAAGACCAGUUAUUAAAAGAGUGAAGAGUAUGAUUUUACAGACUGGACAGAAGAAAAAUACAGGCCAAAAUGAGAGGUUAUAUAUUUCCUCUGAGCAGAGGACUUAACCAGGGCCUUUUGGGAUCUGAGGAAAAGCUCUUGCCUUGAAGUAGCUACUGUUGCACUUUCAAAUGGAUGUAAAAAUUGUAAGUUAUUUUUUUAAACUUGGAAAUCUAGAUAUUAGAUUUGAUUGAAUAGGGUUCUAUUUGUCACAAUGGCCCUCAAACUGAUCAAGUGCCUGAGCCUUGUCAUAGGUUGGUGAUUCACACUCAUGCAGAAGUGACACACUCAAUCUAAAUAGCCAUGUGUGUAAUGGCUGCUUACAUAGAGUUUAGGGGCACGUUCAAUAAGAAAACGUUGUGGAACAUUGCAGAGAGAAAUGUUAUGAUUGGAACUGACAGAAAGUCAGAGAGACAUGUUUGUUCUACAUACUAGGCUGUAUCUGGAACAAGUUGCUCUCCUGAAUGUGGCCCUGCUAUUACAUGUAAAUGUUUACUGUGUUUAGUCUGACUAUCAACCACUGAUGCCGUGGAAAAAUACUUAUUUAAAAAAGGUUUAUGAAGUGAUUGUGUCAGAUCUGAUAUCCACCAGGCUUUCAGGGUCUGUAAUGUCUAUUUAACUAUAACACCAUUAGUUAUGGAGAUUCUCUCUCCCCCCCAUAUUUGUCUAAUGCCUGGCCAAAAUUUCACAAACAUAAAAUAUUUAACUACAGUCUUAUUUAGACAGAAAUUACAAGUAUGUCAAAAAGCUUUCCUCCAGGACUAUCUAAAACUGUUUAGACGUGGUAAUGACCUGAGCAUUUUACAUGGCAUGGCUUGUCUGCUGCGUAGCCUAAGCCAAUGUAUUUUAAAUCAGGCAGCCUUUACUACUCUCAGUGCUCUGUGGCCUUUUUGUAUCACUUUUAAAGUGAAACAUCAGUUCACAAUACAAUGUCACUGGAAAAAAGAUGGGCUUAUUUAUUAAUUAAUUGAAACAAACCUUAAAAAGAAUCAUCCUUGGAUCAUAAUGUCCCAAAUCAUCAUUCCCAAAAUACAAAAACAUUAAAAAUGAUGUUUGAUAUAAAAUUACAAUAAACUUUUUUUUCUUUCUGG